GCUGAAACCUGGAGCACGAGCCACCGAAUUCGACAAGUGAUAUCGGAGAUUGACACGCGUCCGGGCCCAUUGCUGCAAGGUCCUUUUUGAGCUUCGGUCGUUUGUCUUCCCGCGGGCCCCUCCCCUUCGCCGCUUUUCUACAUGCCGUACACGGUUUUCUGCCCUCAAUUUUCCCUUUUGGCCCUACGAAACUUGUCUUUCCACAGCACACCUCCAGGAAACUAUGGCGGCCCUGUUCUGGGUCCUCUGCUCGCCCGCGCUCGUGGCUGCCGUCGUGGCCGUCCACAGCGCCGUCUCAUUGGCCCGCAACUACCUCGUCGCACGCCGCAUCGGCCUGCCCGUCCGCGUCAUUCCCAUCGACCACACCAAUCCCCUGUGGUUGGCCGUGGACCGUAAGGUCCUCGCCUACGUGAGAAGGCUGCCCGGCUUCCUGGGCGACAACAGCUUCACGCGAUACAAUUUCCGAGCAUGGGAGAUGUACGACCGGCUGCGGCCGCACCAGGAGAUGGGCGAUGCCUUUGUCAUAGUCACGCCCGCCAGGAUCUGGUUCUACCUGGCUAGCCCGGAGGCCCUGAUGGAUUGCUUCCACCGCCGGACGGACUUCCCGAGAUGCGUGGAGAUGACCGAGAUCCUCAACGUCUUUGGCAAGAACCUGAGUACCGUCGAGGGGCAGCAAUGGAAGACACAGCGGAAGAUCAUCGCCACCUGCUUCAACGAGCAGAACCAUGAGGUCGUCUGGACCGAGAGCCUGUCGCUGGCCCGCGACAUGCUGGCCUACUGGGCCCGGCAGCCGGCCGUGACCACCUCGGCUGAAGACCUCCGCACCCUGUCUCUGCACGUGCUCUCCGGGGCCGGCUUUGGCAAGUUCUACAAGUUUGAGGGCCACACGGAGCGGUCCGACAGCAGCGUGUCGGCCAACUACAAGAACUCGCUCCAGAUGAUCCUCGAGAACUGCGUGCUCAUCAUGGCGCUGGGCCCGGCCUUCCUGGCCCGGGCGCGACCGUGGCUGCCCGGCACCUGGAAGCUCGCCAAGCUGGCCGACACGUGCGCCGCCUUCCAGCGGUACAUGACGGACCAGUACGAGGAGGAGAAGCGGGCGAGCCUGGUGCAGGACAAGACGCAGGCCCGCCCCGUCGCGGCCAAGACGCUCAUGAGCUCGCUGGUCAGCGCCUCGCAGGCCGAGGCCCGCGCCGGCGCCGGCGCCGGCGGCCUCAGCGAGAGCGAGAUCUACGGCAACAUGUUUAUGCUCAACUUUGCCGGCCACGACACCACCGCGCACACGUUUACCUUUGCCAUCUACUUCAUCGCGGCCAACCCGGACGUGCAGGACUGGCUCUCGGACGAGAUCCGCGCCGUGCUCGGCGGCGGCGACGACCCGGCCGGCUGGAAGUACGCCGCCAGCUUCCCGCGCCUCAAGCGCUGCCUGGCCGUCAUGCUCGAGACGCUCCGCCUCUACACGGUGGUGCCCGUGUCCAAGUGGGUCGGCGACCAGACCGUGUCGCUCCAGGUGGGCGGCAAGACGGUCGUGCUGCCGCCCAAGACCAUGUUCAUACCCAGCUACGCGGCCGUGCAGACCGACCCCCGGUACUGGGGCUCCGACGCGCUCGCGUGGCGGCCGUCACGCUGGAUCCAGGAGGGCGGUGCCGCGCCGGGCGACGAGGAUCUCGUCGCCUUCGAGAAGGGCACCUUUCUCGGGUGGUCCGAGGGCGCGCGCGACUGCCCGGGCAAGAAGUUCUCCCAGGUCGAGUUCGUCGCCACCAUGGCGGCGCUGUUUCGCGACUGGCGCGUCGACCCGGCGCCGCUGCACGACGGCGAGAGCCGCGAGGCGGCGCGGAAGAGGGUGCUCGACCUGAUUGAGCAUGACUCGGCGCCCGUCCUCCUGCUGCAGAUGCUCCACCCGGAGAGGGCACCAUUGGUUUGGAAGAGGAGGUGAACAUGCCAUUGGCAUGGCGGCUCGUGGGGGCGGCGGAGAAUCCGUAAUGGGAUGGAGCGCGGCGGCGCGGCUCGCGUUGUGGGGUGUGGUAUGCUUCGUGUAACAGCAUCUUGGUGAAGCAAGCUGGCGGGGCGCUCUCCCCUGGUCGUUCGUGACUUCUGCCUGGUCAGGCCGGUUCGUUUUGGUAAUCUGAUUAUGUCGCAAGCCCGCAUGGAGAAUUCAUGUUACCGUUCCUAUCCAUUGACCCGUGAACCUCCGGUUGGAGCAACGACGAUAUCGCGGUGCUAGUUGUGGCACCAAAUGUGAUGACUGCUGCCAAGAUGUGGCGUGGGCAGCUGCAACCGUGGCCCAUGAGUGGUUGCCAGGCG